CCUGGAACUAGACCCGGGCAGGCAAGACGGGGGCUCACGGUUGCCGCCGCCCAAUGGCAGUGGCAGGGCCCGCCGGGGCUCCAGUGCUGGGGACCUACAGCUGGGGCGCUGCACCAACCUAACCUCCAGCCCACCCAACCAACAGAGGCUGUCCAAUGCCCUGCCGUGUUGCCGCAGGAAGGCCCCGAACGAACACGUAGAAGUUUUUGAGACUGCUUGACUGCUUAGAUACGGGGGUGGCAGACAAGCCACGAAUCCAUAGUACGUACGUGCCUUACCCUUCCCUUCCGUGCACCAUCCAUUGUCGCCAGCCUUCUUUCUCGACACCUGCCUUGUCUGUGACGUGGGGCCUUGCGAUCUGACAAAUCUGUCAUGACGGCCUGCUGCUGAGUGCUCUGUCCUCUUCCUCCUCUCUUCUUUCUCUUCCUCGGCUUUCUUCCCUCACUGCUCCCGCCUGCUCCAUCCCCGCCUCCGCGAGCCUUCCGAGAGACAGGACAGUCAACCUAGCCCCCUCCUCCACCGGCGCAAGCACUCACCCGUCUCCGCCAUGGAGAGUGCCUUUGCCCGUCCGAUCGCGACGGUCCUCGCCAACUUCGGUGUGGACGAGAAUGCCGGCCUAACGACCAAGCAAGUUGAGCAGCUGCGUAACAAGCACGGCCGCAAUGCUAUUCCGGAGGAACCCCCGACCCCAAUAUGGGAGCUCAUCCUCGAGCAGUUCAAGGACCAGCUGGUCAUCAUCCUGCUCGGCUCCGCUGCCGUAUCGUUUGCGCUCGCCCUCUUGGAAGAUGAGGGCGGCUGGAGUGCAUUCGUCGAUCCCGCCGUUAUUCUCACCAUCCUCAUCCUCAAUGCCGUCGUCGGUGUCUCUCAGGAAAGUAGCGCCGAAAAGGCCAUCGCCGCCCUCCAGGAGUACUCGGCCAACGAGUCGAACGUGGUCCGCAAUGGCGGCCACGUCUCGCGAGUACGAGCCGAGGAGUUGGUUCCCGGCGACAUCAUCACCAUUUCUGUCGGAGACCGCAUCCCUGCCGACUGCCGCGUCAUUGCCAUCGAGAGCAACAGCUUCGCCGUCGACCAGGCCGUCCUGACUGGCGAGAGUGAGAGUGUCGGCAAGGAUGACGAAGCCGUCGUCAAGGAUGAGCGCGCCGUUCUCCAAGACCAGGUCAACAUGCUCUUUUCUGGAACCACCGUCGUCACGGGCCGCGCAAAGGCCGUUGUCGUCUUGACCGGCUCCAACACUGCCAUUGGAGACAUCCACGAGAGCAUCACGGCACAGAUUUCGGAGCCUACGCCCUUGAAGCAAAAGCUCAACGACUUUGGUGACAGCCUCGCCAAGGUGAUUACUGUCAUUUGCAUUCUGGUCUGGCUCAUCAACAUCCCCAACUUCAACGACCCCAGCCACGGGAGCUGGACCAAGGGUGCCAUUUACUACCUCAAGAUCGCCGUGUCGCUCGGUGUCGCCGCCAUUCCUGAGGGUCUUGCCGUCGUCAUCACGACCUGUCUCGCUCUCGGCACCCGAAAGAUGGCAGCUAAGAACGCCGUGGUCCGAAGCCUUCCCUCGGUCGAGACCCUCGGCAGCUGCAGUGUCAUUUGCUCCGACAAGACUGGCACACUCACCACCAACCAAAUGAGUGUCAACAAGAUUGUCUAUCUCAAUGAGAAGGGUUCUGACUUGAUCGAGCUUGAUGUCGAGGGCACGACCUUUGCGCCAAAAGGCGCUGUCCGCAUGGCCGGCACCGUUGUUGAGGACCUGCCCUCGAAGUCUGACACGGUGCGCCAGAUGACAGAAGUCGCGGCGAUCUGCAACGAUGCACACCUGGCUUACGACGAGCGCACCGCUACCUUCUCUAGCGUGGGUGAGCCCACCGAAGGCGCUCUCCGAGUUCUUGUGGAGAAGCUCGGGCCUUGCGCCCCGGCCGGAACCCAUCCCGAUGACUGUGUCCAUUUCGCCAGCGCCAAGUACGAGAAGCAGCUCCCAAGGCUGGCGACGUACGAGUUCUCCCGCGACCGUAAGAGCAUGUCCGUCCUGGUUCAGAGCGGCAAGCAGAAGAAGCUGCUCGUCAAGGGUGCGCCGGAAUCGAUCAUUGACCGAUGUUCGCACACGCUUGUUGGAGCUGCCGGCAAGCGCGUGCCGCUCACCGAGAAGCUUUCUGACCUCAUGUUGAAGGAGGUUGUCGAGUACGGUAACCGAGGUCUCCGAGUUAUUGCCCUUGCCAGCAUCGACGAUGUUUCCAAGAGCCCGCUCCUCUCCGCCAAGUCGACCGAGCAGUAUGCUCAGCUCGAACAGAACAUGACCUUUUUGGGUCUGGUUGGCAUGCUCGACCCUCCGCGUGAGGAGGUCCCGGGCUCGAUCAAGCAGUGCAAGGAUGCUGGCAUCCGGGUCAUUGUCAUCACUGGAGACAACCGCAACACCGCGGAGAGCAUCUGCCGACAGAUUGGCGUCUUCGGACAGCAUGAGAGUCUCAACGGCAAGAGCUACACUGGUCGCGAGUUCGACAACCUAAGCCCCAGCGAGCAGCUUGAGGCAGCCAAGAGGGCCUCGCUCUUCUCCCGCGUCGAGCCGGGCCACAAGUCGAAGCUUGUGGACCUCCUGCAGUCCCUGGGCGAGGUCGUCGCCAUGACGGGCGACGGCGUCAACGAUGCCCCCGCGCUGAAGAAGGCCGACAUUGGUGUGGCCAUGGGCUCCGGCACGGACGUGUCGAAGCUGGCCGCCGACAUGGUGCUCGCUGACAGCAACUUCGCCACCAUCGAGGUCGCCAUCGAGGAGGGCCGUGCCAUCUACAACAACACUCAACAAUUCAUUCGCUACCUGAUCUCGUCCAACAUUGGCGAGGUCGUCUCCAUCUUCCUCACCGCCGCCCUGGGCAUGCCCGAGGCCCUGAUCCCUGUGCAACUGCUGUGGGUCAACCUUGUUACCGACGGUCUCCCGGCCACGGCUCUAUCGUUCAACCCUCCCGACCAUGAUAUCAUGAAGCGCCAACCCCGUAAGAGGGACGAGGCACUCAUCGGAGGAUGGCUUUUCCUACGUUACCUCAUCAUCGGCACCUACGUCGGUCUCGCUACCGUCGCCGGCUACGCCUGGUGGUUCAUGUACAACCCGGAGGGCCCGCAGAUCACGUUCAAGCAGCUUUCGCGCUUCCACCACUGCUCGACCGAUUUCCCCGAGAUUGGGUGCCAGAUGUUCUCCAACGACAUGGCCAAGGCCGGCUCAACAGUCUCGCUGUCGAUCCUGGUCGUCAUUGAGAUGUUCAACGCCAUGAACGCGCUAUCGUCGAGCGAGUCUCUGCUCACGCUGCCCCUGUGGAAGAACAUGAUGCUCGUGUACGCCAUUGCCCUGUCUAUGGCGCUCCACUUUGCCUUGCUGUAUACGCCCUUCCUCCAGAGCCUGUUUGCGAUCUUGCCUCUCAACUGGACCGAGUGGAAGGCCGUGCUCUUGAUCAGUGCGCCUGUCAUUCUCGUGGACGAGGUGCUCAAGUUUUUCGAGCGACAGUUCUUCAUGCAGACGACAACGCGUGAGGAUGUCAAGACCAUUGCGGCCAAGAAGGAGCAAUAGACAGGUGACGAGGGCACUACAUAGAGGGGGAGGAGAAGAGAGGGACAGAAAGAGAAAGGCUUGCAUUGGCCAGCCUGGGCCAGACGUUAGACACUCUGUACUAUAAGCCAUCUAUCUGGUGUCAGUGACAGGGCGGCGACCGCCAUAUGUAUGAAAAGCAACGCAAAUGCAUGUUUGAUGACUACGGUUUGAGUCUUGACGGGGGCGCGGUAUUGGCGGUGACGACAACGACGACAACGACGUUUGGUGACAAUGGUUCAUAUUUAGUGUUGUUGGAUUGGUUUUGCUCGUCCCCGACGGGGCUGGGAUCGAGCAUCUAGAUAGUCGUACAGUG